GCCGUGCCGCGCGCAGCCGGACCAGGCGAGGGGGGCGGCGGCUGCACAGCUGGACCGAAGGGGGCGGGGUCGGUCCUGGGCUGCUGGCUGAGCGGAGGGCCGCGAGUACCGGGGACUGGGGCAUGGGACGGCGCGCCUGAAAGAGCAGGGGUGAGGAAGGGCCUGGGACCCUGAAGGCAAAAGACGAGAGAAAGGGGCACGAGAGCACAGGAGGAAGAUGCAACUGACUCGCUGCUGCUUCGUGUUCCUAGUGCAGGGCAGCCUCUAUCUGGUCAUCUGUGGCCAGGAUGAUGGUCCCCCUGGCUCAGAGGACCCUGAGCGUGAUGAACCUGAGAGCCAGCCCCGGCCCCGGAUGCCUCGAAAGAGGGGCCACAUGUCACCUAAGUCCCGCCCCAUGGCCAACUCUACUCUCCUAGGGCUGCUGGCUCCACCCGGGGAGGCAUGGGGGGUCCUUGGGCAGCCCCCCAGUCGCCCGAACCACAGCCCCCCACCAUCGGCCAAGGUGAAGAAAAUCUUUGGCUGGGGUGACUUCUACUCCAACAUCAAGACGGUAGCCCUGAACCUGCUCGUCACAGGGAAGAUCGUGGACCAUGGCAACGGGACCUUCAGCGUCCACUUCCGACACAAUGCCACGGGCCAGGGCAACAUCUCCAUCAGCCUCGUGCCCCCCAGUAAAGCUGUGGAGUUCCACCAGGAGCAGCAGAUCUUCAUUGAAGCCAAGGCCUCCAAAAUCUUCAACUGCCGGAUGGAGUGGGAGAAGGUGGAACGGGGCCGCCGGAUCUCACUCUGCACCCACGACCCAGCCAAGACCUGCUCCCGAGACCACGCCCAGAGCUCAGCCACCUGGAGCUGCUCCCAGCCUUUCAAAGUCGUCUGCGUCUACAUCGCCUUCUACAGCACGGACUAUAGGCUGGUCCAGAAGGUGUGCCCGGAUUACAACUACCACAGCGAUACUCCCUACUAUCCCUCCGGGUGACUCUGGGCAGGCCACAGAGGCCAGGCCAGGGCCGGAAGGACAGGCCUGCCCAUACAGGAAGCCAUCUGUCUGGAUACUGGGCAGGGAAGGGAAGGGGCCUCAGGCGGGGAGUACAGGGGUGGAGAGGAGGACAGGCCAAGUGGGGCCAGGGCCAAGUCUCAGGUGGCAGGGAAGGGGUCGCCGGUGUUGGCCCCAAUCUGAGGCUGUGGGGCGACCAGGACACAGGAGCACCGGCCAAGGAGUGCGUUCUCUGGGCGGCCUCACAGGGCUUCCCCACUAAGUGACAGGAAGAUGCUGGGUCCAGGAGGCCCCUGGGGCUGGCAGACCAAUAAAGUCAUCAAGAGGAGUCUAAAACCUUGGCUCCCUCCCUGGCAUCCUGAGAAAGAACGGCGACAAGGAGAGGGUUAUUUCAUCAGUGUGGACACCAAGUGGGCUCUGAAGGACGGCCGAUCUGGGGCUUCCUGGGAGCCAGCACUGGGAACUCUCCAGCCCCACCCAGGGGGCAGCCCUGAGCCCUCCUCCUGGACUGUGGACUGAGCUUGACGUGAGGCUGAAGUGGUGACCCUUGGAGUCUUUGAUGUCUUGACAAAGAGACCAUCUGCUCCCAGCCAGGCCACCUCUUUUCAAAAGUCCCUCUCUUGCCAUUGCUCCCCACCCCCACCCUCAUGCUGAAGGGACCCUCCGUCCUCAAGCUGAGACGGGGGCGAUCGUGAUUCUCCCAGCACCAAGGGCACAGGUGGAAGCCCACCCAUGAGCCGAGUGCCCCUCCUCCCCCCCCGCCCCUUGCUGGCUCCUCCGGGAGCCACCUUGUCCAGCGAGCGAGCAAGCGAGCCUUCCAUAGCCGGCCUUGCCCAUCCGUCAGGGGCUUGCCCGAAUUGAGAUGCUGCCUCCCUCACGGCCCGUGGGGCCAGCCGCAGCUCGGGGUGGGGUGAGGCCACACUGUGGCGGGUGUGCUGGACCUGUCCCGUAGUGUCUGUGUGGGGGGGUGGGGGUGGGGAGGUUUUGUGAAAUCACCUGAUUGUCGACUUCUGUGUGCACACUCGUUCUCAGAGCAGGGAAUAAAGCUUUCCUGG